CAGUUACACAUACUUUUGGCUUGGAGAAGAAGACAUCCCAAGUUUGGAAUUCAUGAUUUGCUGUACAACGGUUUUUAACUUAUUGCUUCACGUAACAGAAUGCAAAACGAUAACGAACCAAAUCCAAAAAUGGAGCGCCAACAACGUGAACCAAAGCACCAUAAAUCUGUUUAUUUGCUACUGCUGUUGAGCAAAUUCGGAAACGAGAAGAAGCAUACUGCACCUUCUCUGUAAUGGAGAAAUCAACGAGCAGCUCCGUGAAUGUUCCCACCGCCGGCACGGCGUCGAUGCUUGUGGAGACGGUGGCUGAUUUGAUGUCUAUGUAUAUGCAGACUGGUUACCUAAAUGAUCUCUCAGUUUUCAGCGACCUCUGCCUCUCUCUAGCCAAAGGCAUUGAUCAUGCAGUUGCUAACAACGAGGUCCCCUUAAGAUCACAUGAGCUACCGUCACUGUUGAAACAGGUGUACAAGUAUAGGAAUGACUUUUCCAUCCAAGAGGCUUCUAUGGUGCUACUGAUGUACGUCAAGAGUGCGUGCAAGGUUGGAUGGUUUCGGAAUGAAGAUGCUGAUGAUCUGCUUAAACUUAUCCAGGAGGUUAGCAGAUACUUCUCUAGUGCUGAAGAUGUUGACGUUGAACCCAGCUACGUCCACCCUUACGUUUCAAGAGUAUUACCAAGAUUCUGUCCAAAGCUGAAGAUGGACAGGAUAAUAGCCGCUUUUCAAAUCAAGGCAGGUUACUUUAUCUACUGCAGUUGCUGCAAGCUGAAAAUUUGGUGGUCUUAUCGGUUAUUUGUGUGUAGCCUGGAUUUGGAGCCUUUCAUGCUGGUUUUCAUAUUAUAAGGGAAAUGUUCUCUCCAGAGAUGGAAGAUAUAUUGUUACUUGUAACGAAUGUUGAUAACAUGGAGACCUCUUCCUGCAUGAUUGCUCCACCAGAAACAAG